AUGCCUGGCGCAACCGCUAUCGUCCUCUACUCUCGCAAGGAGGGCUCCACUUUUGACAAGGAGUACUACCUCAAGACACACAUGCCCCUCGCCAUGAAGCACUGGGGCCCACACGGCCUGAAGUCUUACGCCGUCAGCGAACUCAGUGCCGAUGGCCCAUACCUCAUCUCCUCCGUCAUGGAGUUUGACAGCCAAGAAGCUCUUGGAAAGGCCAUGCAGGAUCCAGGAACCAAGGAGAUCAUGGACGACGUAAAAAACUUUACCAACUCAGAAUCCAUCUUGGUUCACGGCAACAUUAUCGGAACGAGUUAA